AUGAGUUAUAAUAUUGCAAGUGGUAUUUAUUCAAAAAUUUCACAUCCAUGGAAUGCAGUUAUAAAAAGUUAUGAUUUCUCAACAGUUAAUAAAGAUAGGAAGUUCAAAAGAAUAAAUUUCACACAUAUUAUUUUUUCAAGACCUUUUAUCCAAUUUUUCGCUUUCCUUUUUUUUUUUUUGUUGCACAAUACAUAUGAAAAAAAUUAUGAAAGUAGCUUUUGUUCAUCCUAUAAUGUAAGUUAUAUAAGGAAAUUAACAGAAAAUAAUAAAGAAGGUAAUAAAGGUUUUGCAACUGGAGUAAACUUAAGCCCAUGGGAUAAAUUUGAAAUUGAAGUAAAUACCAAGUGGGGAGAACUAGAUAAGAAACAAAAAAGUAAUAAUUCGAAUAUAAUCCUUUCUUCAUGGUUAACAGUAAUUAUUAAAUCAAAAGAUGAUGAAAAAAUUAAGGAGAACAUUGAUAUAUGGUUUAAAAAAUCUUCUUCUAUAUUUGAAAAGUAUAAACCUCAGAUAGAUGCAGAUAAUGAAAUGUUUAAUAAAUGGAAAGAAGAUCUUAAAGAAAGAAAAUUUAAAAAUUAUAAUCCAAAUUGUACCAAUGAAGCUUAUGAAGAGUGGGAAAAAAUAAAAUACAAGAAGGUGCAGAGUAUGAUGGAAUACUAUCAUAAUGUUAAAGCUGAUAUUGAAGGUUGGUUAGAAAAUAUGUUUUCAUCUUGA